AUGUUAACUGUACAUGAACAAGAAAUUAAUGAAAUUAAAAAAGUUUCUAUUCGAUAUGAUAAUUCAACAAGAACAUAUUAUUUUUUUUAUCAUAGAACAGAUAUUUUAUCAACAACAUUAAUAUUAUCUUAUGAUCUUAAUCAAAAUCAAUGGAAUAUUGAUACAAUUGAAUAUAAUAAUGUAUUUGAAAAAAAUUUAAAUGAUUUAUUUAAUGAUAAAAAAAUAUCGUUUGAAGAACAAGUUAGAUAUAUUAUUGAUUAUCUCGAUAAUUAUUUCAUUAAUCAAUUACAACAACAACAACAACAACAACAGCAAAACAUAAAAACAAAUAUGAAUCAUCAUAAUAUUUAUUCUUUAUCAUGGUUUCGACAUUUACGUAGUAUACGUGGUUGGGCUAUGUUUGCAGAACAAUCAGCAGUAUUACAACGUUAUUCAGCACCUGAAAAAUCUACAUCUAUGGAUAAUAAUGAAGAAAUUAUAUCAGUAAAAGCAUUAGCUGAAUCAUUCUAUUCAAAUGAUUUAUAUCGAAAUGAUACAAAAACAUUUACUUCUCUAUCAGAAUAUUCGAAUGAACCUAUUCAAAAUCAAAUAUCAAAUAAACUACCAGCAAUAACAGAACUUUGGUUAGAUGUGUUUACACAAAAAAUGAAUAAUUUUCGAAAAAAAAUUGGUGGUCAUAUUGAAGAAGAAAAAUUAAAAAAUCUGGCAGAAAAAUUUAUUGCAUCUUUUAAUGGUACAUUUCAAUGUAAUGUUGGACAUAAGUAUCAAAUCAGAUAUGAUGAUCAAACAUGGCAUUUUACUGUAGUUAAAGUUGAAUUUUUCACACAAAAAAAUUCUGAAACUACAAAAAUUCCAAAAACGAAAAUAGUUUUUGUUAUUGAUGGUAUUCCACAUUAUGUUCGAGGUUAA